GAAAAUUUCUUAUUGCAUCAUUACCGCAUCACGAUUCUCCCUCGAGGCGGAGGAAGCCCCGCAAGCUUGGCUCCCGAUUUCGCCGGAGGCGGUAAGGCAGCGUACCGGCGAUCCCCGUGGACCGGGUCACCCAUGGGCCGGCGGUCGCACUCGUCGUCGUCCCCGGGGUGGCGCCAUCUGAGCCAGUGGUACUACCUCAAGCGGCCGGCGCGCCUGGCCCUCCUCGUCGUCGGCUUCGUCGCCGCCACGAUCGCCGCCCGGGACCGCCUCUCCCUCGUCCGCGACUACGAGGCUGAGAUAUCCAGAUUAGACGAGGAGGUAAAUCGGUUGCAUGACCAGUUAAGAAUGGCGGGAAUUUAUCUGGAUGAAAGUCCAAAUAUUGAAAACAUCAUCAAGAAACAUCAUCUAGAAAUUGACCAUGUCAAUAAUGCAAGGAGAGAAAAGGUUAAGGAAGCUAUGCUUCACGCCUGGAACUCCUAUGUAAAGUAUGCGUGGGGACAUGAUGAGCUCCAGCCUCAAUCAAAGAAUGGUGUCAAUAGUUUUGGUGGUCUUGGGGCAACUCUUGUGGACUCACUUGAUACACUAUAUAUAAUGGGACUAAAAGAGGAAUUCAAGAAGGCUAGAGACUGGGUCGCAGAAUCAUUAGACUUCGACAAGGAUUAUGAAGCAAGUGUGUUUGAAACAACAAUAAGAGUUGUUGGAGGUCUCCUCAGUGCAUAUGAUUUGUCAGCUGAUAAAAUAUUUUUGGAGAAGGCAAGAGACAUUACUGAUCGACUGUUACCUGCCUGGGAUACAUCAUCCGGUAUCCCAUACAAUAGAAUCAACCUAGCUCAAGGCAAAGCCAGUAAUCCAGGAUGGAAUGGUGGCAACAGCAUACUUGCAGAUUCAGGCACAGAGCAACUCGAAUUUAUAGCCUUAUCUCAGAGGACUGGAGAUCAAAAGUAUCAGCAAAAGGUGGAGAAUGUAAUCAGGCAAUUUCAGAAAAUAUUUCCCAGUGAUGGCUUGCUUCCUAUUAAUAUAAAUCCUCAUUCGGGGGCUGUGAAGUCUUACUCAACUAUCACAUUUGGUGCUAUGGGGGAUAGUUUUUAUGAAUACUUGCUCAAGGUCUGGAUACAGGGUAACAAAACUGAAAGUGUCAAGCAUUACAGGCAAAUGUGGGAAACAUCGAUGGAAGGCCUGUUAAGUUUGACAAGGAAAACUUCUCCUUCUAACUUCUACUAUGUGUGCGAAAAGAACGGGGAUUCAUUAUCUGAGAAGAUGGAUGAACUUGCAUGCUUUGUGCCUGGUAUGCUGGCAUUGGGAGCGUCAGGCUAUAGCCCAGAAAAAGCAGAGCAAAUUAUGAAUCUUGCAGAAGAGCUUGCAUGGACCUGUUAUAACUUCUACCAAUCAACUCCAACAAAAUUGGCUGGAGAAAACUAUUAUUUCCAUGGUGGACAGGACAUGGUUGUGGGCACAUCAUGGAACAUCCUUAGACCGGAGACUAUUGAGUCACUCAUGUAUUUGUGGCGCCUAACUGGGAAUAAAACAUACCAAGAUUGGGGUUGGGACAUAUUCCAAGCAUUUGAGAAGAAUUCCCGUAUAGAAUCUGGAUAUGUUGGUCUGAAAGACGUGAAUACUGGUACAAAAGAUGACAUGAUGCAGAGCUUCUUCCUGGCGGAGACACUCAAGUAUCUGUACCUGCUGUUCUCCCCGCCAUCGUUAAUCUCCUUCGAUGAGUGGGUCUUCAACACUGAAGCCCACCCACUGAAAAUAGUCACAAGGCAUGACAAUGAAGGCGGCUCGGGUGGUGGAGAAGGUAAGGGUAUCGCUGACUCCAAGAUCCAGCCACAAGGAAGGAAGCAUGGAAAACCUGAAUAGAAUUUGACUGGUGCAAGGUGCAGGGCUUUUGCUCUCGCCAUCUGAUAUAGACCUGCAUGACAAAGGAAAUCCGUUGUGAUGGAAGUUCGGGGUUGAGAUGGACACUUUUGCAGCAUCAGGACACAAGGCUGGAUGAAACUAGAGUAGAAUGUGGCGGUAUAGUUUGGAUAGUGACAUUGUGCAGUUGAGUACAGAAAUAUGGUUCACAUUAUAGCAGAGAUUUCUUUUGCCUUAUGUUCUACCCAUUUUCAUGUGUGUGGAAUUACAGUCAGGUCAUGGCGUCAUGCUAUAUGACCAGUUGACCACCAACUUGGACAGGUGUACUAGCAGGAAACCAGAUUCUCUCUGUAUUUUAUGCUUUGCCAGGACUGAUACAGAUGCAACUUUUGUAUGUUGCGCGAUACAUUUGCUUAAGUAACAGGCGACAUGUCUGAACGGUAUAAAGAUGCUAGACAUGCUGAAGUGGCGGAGGUUUGCUA